GUGAUGGUCACAAUGAGCUCAGGACCAAGGCCUUUGCUAAAUUGUAAAGAUAAUGGAAGCCUGACCUAAGGGGACUCCUCCACUUAAUUAUCCCCGACCGGAUCUCUGUUAACCAUUCCCUCUGGUGUGGUGGUCAGAGACGUGCAGGCUGUGAUUGAUGGGUGGCACCCUGUGAGUGAACCUAUGGCAGUGAAACCACACAAUACAGAUUCCUUUGUGUGACUCUACCAUGGACCACAUCCUCUGUUGCCUGCUGGUCCUGGGAACCGCAGUGUUGAUGGCCCACGCAUGCCCAAAGUACUGUGUGUGCCAGAACCUGUCCGAGUCCCUGGGGACCUUGUGUCCCUCCAAAGGCUUGCUCUUCGUCCCACUGGACAUCGACAGGCGCACUGUGGAGCUCCGGUUGGGCGGAAACUACAUCCUCCGCAUCACCCAGCAGGACUUUGCCAACAUGACCGACCUGGUGGACCUGACGCUCAGCCGCAACACCAUCAGCUACAUCCAGCCCUUCUCCUUCAGCGACCUGGAGACCCUGCGCUCCUUACACCUGGACAACAACCGUCUCAUAGAGCUGGGUCCUGAUGAUCUCCGGGGCCUGGUCAACCUGCAGCACCUCAUCCUUAACAACAACCAGCUGGGACGCAUCUCGGACCGGGCCUUGGAAGACCUGGCACCCUCCCUAGAGGAUCUGGAUCUGUCCUACAACAACCUGAGGAGCCUGCCCUGGGACUCAGUCAAGCUGAUGGUCUCUCUCCACCAGUUGAGUCUGGACCAUAACCUCCUGGACUUCAUCCCUGAGGGGACCUUUACUGAUCUAGAGAGACUGGCUCGCCUGGAUCUCACCUCCAACCGACUGAAGAAGCUGCCCCCAGACCCCAUCUUCGCAAGGGCCCAGGAUUCAUUGAUGAUGACCACUCCCUAUGCCCCCCAGCUGUCCCUUGGCAUCGGGGGGAACCCCCUGCAUUGUAACUGUGAGGUGCUGUGGCUGCGGCGGCUGGAGAGGGACGAUGAUCAGGAGACAUGCGCUUCCCCUUCCAACCUGAAGGGGCGCUACUUCUGGUAUGUGAGGGAGGAGGAGUUUGUGUGCGAGCCACCCCUCAUCACUCAGCACACCCACAGGAUGCUGGUGCUGGAGGGCCAGAUGGCCAGCCUGAGGUGCGAGGCCAUUGGAGACCCCACCCCCACCAUCCACUGGAUGGCCCCUGACGACCGUGUCCUUGGCAACUCGUCCCGAACCGUCGUCUACGGCAACGGCACCCUGGAGAUUCUCAUCACCACCUCCAAGGACUACGGUACCUUCACCUGCAUCGCGGCCAACGUGGCCGGGGAGUCCACCGCCUCAGUGGAUCUGUCAAUCAUCCAGCUGCCCCACCUCAGCAACGGCACCGGUCAGGCCUCACAGCCCAAGUCCCGCCUCUCGGACAUCACCGGCACCACCAGGAUAAGCAAGGGGGUUCCAAAGACCCCCCCGGAGAAAGUGGUCACUGUGUCAGAGGUGACAGCCAUUUCAGCCUUGGUUAAGUGGACCGUCAGCAAGGCAGCGCCCAAGGUAAAGAUGUACCAGCUCCAGUACAACUGCUCCGACGAUGAAGUCCUCAUCUACAGGAUGAUCCCGGCCUCCAGCCAGGCCUUCCUGGUGACCAACCUGGUGUCUGGGACCAAGUACGACUUGUGUGUCCUGGCCGCCUGGGACGACACCGCCACCACCCUGACGGCCACCAACGUGGUGGGCUGUGCCCAGUUCUUUACCCGCGACGACUACACACAGUGCCAGUCUCUCCACAGCCAGUUUCUGGGGGGCACCAUGAUCCUGGUGGUGGGUGGCAUCAUCGUGGCGACGCUACUCGUCUUCAUCGUUAUCCUGAUGGUACGCUACAAGGCCACCGACCAUGAGGGGGGUGGCAUCGGGGGGAGCGGCAAGCUGACCAGCGUAAGUGACACCCACUCACAGACCAAUGGGGGCCGGCUGGGACAGAACGGCGUGCCCCUUCCCCUGCCCAAAACAAAGGCCAAAGUGACCCUCCAGGAUGAGGUGGUGGAGUUUAAAUGUGGUUCCCUCCAGAGCACCUCGUCCUCAUCCUCGUCGGGGGGCUCGGUGGUCGGGGAGGGUUCCUACAGCCCCAACAGCACCCUGGCCAUUAUGUGGAGGCAGGCUGCCCCCUCUAAGCCCAGGGCAAACCUGGAUCAUCUGCUGGGGGCCUUCAACUCCCUAGAGCUCCGGGGGGCCCAGGGCAGGGGAGACCUGGGGGAGCCCUCAUCCAGCAGUAGCACCCCGGUGGCGGGUAGCGAUAGGCCCCACACGGACAGGGAGCCCCUGCUGGGCCGGACAAUGGACUCACGGCUGAGCCGGUUGCUCAUGCUGUCUCAUGACUCCAAACCAAAAAGGAGCCAGUCGUUUGACAUGGGGGACUGUAUGGAUACAGAUCAACAAACAGACCAAGCGAUGGCCUCUAGCACCUCCACUGCCACAACGCCGGUGUGCAGUUACCCGCGGCGCAUCAGCAACAUCUGGACUAAGAGGAGCCUGUCUGUGAACGGCAUGCUGCUACAGUGUGACGAGGAAGGGGAUAUGGGGGGGAGCAAGGGGACCUUCGACAGCCAAGAGUGGGUCAUGGAGAGUACUGUCUAGGAGAGAUGAGGACUUGCUUUGUGUCUUCUAAAACACUGCCCCAGAGAGAUAGCAAUACGCCUCAGUUCUGAUAGACCUCCAGGCUGGAGGAGAAGUCCAUGCCUCCUCCCUCCUUGUCCUGCAUGGAAUUCAUUCAUGUUAAUCUAUUGUGGAUGUUCCAUUUUUGUGACAGAUAUGUACAAAGUUCACCCAAGUGGGUAAGUCGGCUAACGACGCUUGGUGGAGGGAGCUGAUUCGUGGAGUGAGGUUGUUUUGUGUUUGUAUGUGUGUGUUCUCUACAUGGGGAGGGGGAAUGCACAGUAAUGGUCAACUACAAACUACACGUAAGACAUGCAAUGAAACCUAGGAAAUGGGAAGCAGGCCUGUUGUUCCUGAGGAGGGCCAUGGUUUCUCUGACACGAGGAACGUGAAACAAAUCACUGUAUUUGUUGACUUGUAAAUUGGCAUAACACUGAAAGUCCAUCUUGUUACUGUUGCUGAGAUGGUGGGCCAUGCAUGGCUCUGGACUAAUACUGUUGUAAGGGAAUAUGAAAUAUAUAAUGAAUUUAAUGUUUUUACAUGUUUUAUUUUGCUGAUCAAACACACAUUGUCUAAUACUGUUCUUCCCCUCUAUACACGACGGGGCUCUGACUUCAAAAUGUGCAUUAUGAAAAACCUCAAUAUACAGUCAGGUCCAAAAUGAUUGGCACCCUUGAUAAAGAUUAACUAAAAAGACUGCACAAAAUAAAUAAUACAAAUACUGAGCUAUAUUGUAUGCAAAAAAAGGACAUUAUAUUAUUUUGUACUAAUACAUUUGCUCAGAGAAAGAGGUGACAUCAAAAUAGAGCUCUUUGGUUAAGUACACCAGAGGUGGGUUUGGUCUGGAAACAUAUGCAUAAAAGUUCCUCAUACCUAUGGUAAAAUAUGAUGACGCAUCUGUAAUGUUAUGGGGCUAUUUUGUAUCCACUGGUCCUGUGGCCCUUGUUAAGGUCAACGGCAUCGUGAACUUUACCGAUUACCAGAAGAUUGUAGCCAACCUGGCAGGUUGCCUCUGCCAGGAGACACUUUGACGUAACUGGAUCUUCCAGCAAGACAAUAACCCCAGCGCACAUCAAAAUCUACAAAGAAAUUGUUUAUUGACCACAAAAUCAACAUUUUGCAAUGGCCAUCUCAGCCUCCACUUGAACCCCAUUGAAAACCUGCGGUUUGAAUUGAAGAGGGCAUUCUAUAAGCACAGAUGAAGGAUGCCAAGGAUCUGGAAAGAUUCAGUAUGGAGGAACGAUCUAAGAUCCCUCCCAAUGUAUUCUCCAAUCUCAUAAAACAUUUGAGAAAAAGACUCAAAAGCCCUUUCCCUGAGUGUAAAAUAAUAUGAUUUACAUUUUUUUAAAUGUAGUUUGUAUUAUUUAUUUUUUGUUCCUCUUUAACAAGGGUGCCAAUAAUUAUGGACCUGACCGUAUAUCCAUCCGCAUUUUUUUAUAUCUGCAGAACCAUUCAUUUCUUAACCCAUUCUGACUCAAUGGUACUGUGUGUAUAUAUAUAUAUAUGUACACUUUAUAUAGGUAAUUUAGUUCAUCAUAAAAAAAUGUAUAUAUGAAAUUAUUUCAUGAAACCCCGUAUUUGAAUAUUUUAACUUUGUAUACAGAAUGUUUAUUUGAGGCUUCAUUAAAUAAUGCCAUAUCUGGUUCCUAUCAAGUUGUAUUCAUGUAUAAAGCGAGCAAACAAUUCAUUCUCAAAAUCAUGAAAUAUUUUAUUUUUAAGAUAGCAAUGUGAAAUGGGUAAGGUCUUAAGUGAAAAUGUAACUGUUUUCGUGAUGUCACUUAAAAGGUUCAUUAGAGGAGAGUCCUAUGAUUAGUUUCAGCAAAAGAACAUGGCCCCUGUUGGCCUCUAAAUCAAUUAACCCAGUAUAGAGCUAACAACCAGCAGGAGUUUACCCUCUCUUGCACAGAAAGAUUAAGCCCUCAGAAAAACUGCAGAUCAACAUGCUCAAUCUUUGAGAGACAAGCAUCCUUCUCCAAUUCCAAUAAACAUUUUUACUUUUUCAUGUGCACUACCAUUCAAAAGUUUGUGGUCACUUAGAAAGAUCCUUGUUUUUGAUAGAAAAUCUUUUUUUUUUUUCAUUAAAAUAACAUCAAAUUGAUCAAAAACACAGUGUAGACCUUGUUAGACAUUGUUAAUGUUGUAACUGACUAUUGUAGCUGGAAAAGGCUGAUUUUUAAUGGAAUAUCUACAUAUAUCUGCGUACAGAGGCCCAUUAUCAGCAACCAUCACUCCUGUGUUCCAAUGGAAUGUUGUGUUAGCUAAUCCAAGUUUAUCAUUUUAAAAGUGAUCAUUAGAAAACCCUUUUGCAAUUAUGUUAGCACAGUUGAAAACUGAUGUUCUGAUUAAAGAAGCAAUACAACUGGCCUUUUUUAGGCUAGUUGAGUAUCUGGAGCAUCAGCAUUUGUGGGUUUGAUUACAGGCUCAAAAUGGCC